UCCGAAAAGACAAGCGCGACACUUCGUUCCGACGACUGGCACAAUUCUGCAGUGGCAGUGCUCCCGGCCAUUGCCGAAUUCGACGUCGAUCUCUGAGAGAGCUCACGGUCAUUUGCUUCCUCUUCCAUGAACAAAGGGGUUGAACGAGUUCAGGCAGUCUUCAACUGCUUGAAAGAAAACAAUCUUACCCUGGCUUCAUUCUUGGCUUUUGCCAUAUCAUCAGUAUUCUUUUGCCAUGAAAUACGCGCUGUUGAAAACACAAUGUUAUUCUCUACUACACCAUCCCGGGAGGCGGACAUUGUCAGAGAAUGGAUACUUAGGAGCUCCAGAAAUAUCUACGAGGCAGAGAUACGUGAUCUACUCAGAAAGGAAACCAACCUUCGUAUGAAUGCAAGCGCGAUGCAGAUGGAGCAAUUUGAAGUGGCCCGGAUGCGGAACCUGAAGGAUAUUUACAAGACCAAGGCACCUAUGCUUUGGGAUCUUCUCCUCCAUCUUCUCAAUGCCGACAGCAGGACCAAUAAAACCCGGGUUGUCUACCCCAUUGCAAGUGUGGCCGCGGCGACCAUGUCUGCCACAGAGAACAGUGACUCAACCGAAGGGGAUCACCCCAUUACCUAUGAUCACAAUGAAGCACUCCAUCUGUUUGAGAUAAAAGGAGUUGUUAUCGCAUCAAUACUGAUUCACAGUUCAAAUGAGAAAUGCAACGCACUACAAGUAAGAAAUGGACUCUACCUCGCCGCAUCCAAUGCAUCCAAAUCUAUUCGUCAAUGGGCUGCACACACUGGCCUUUCGGUCUCACCCUCUUCCAUCGCUAAUGCAAGAGAUUCGCUGAUUAAGGGCCAGAAGGAGUUGAAUUGCAUGUUGGGUGCAACAAAGGUCCUCAACCUCGCGUACGAUAACUGCGACUUCAAGUUCACUGUUGGUCAGCCCACUGACCUGAAGGAUCGGACCUUCGAAAGCAUCACAACCGGUCUAUUCCUAAAUAUGCAUAAUGGCGUACUCCCAGAAGACCUGGAGUAUGCCGAGUAUAUCUGGGAGCGGCACCCAAACAAUGAGGAGUCGACAAACCCGUUUCCAGUGGGGAUAUUCUACCGGACAUGGAAUCGAUUCGAAGACUGAAGGAACACUUUCAGUGGCAUAUAAAAGCGGUGCUGGUGAACGAGUACUUCCCUGAGUUUAAGUCCAAGCUUGGAGAACCGCGGUCCAACUUCAGGUUGCAACCAGAGAAGACCUCAUACUCAACGGCUGAAGCAAUGUAUGCAAAAGCAUCCACAACUGAUGGCAAUAUUGAGGCGUUGAACUCCCUGCUUGAACAGAGUGGGAUUAGAGAUGCU